AUGCGGCGCGGGUCGGAGGAGCAGGCUCAGCAGCAGCAACGGCUGGAGCAGAGGUCUGACGUGGCGAUGGGGCUUAUGCCGUUGUUUUCCGUGACGCCGAACGCCGACCCCGCCGCGGAGUGCCCGUCGUGCCUGUCGCCCGAGCUGAGCCGGCAGGGCCACUUUGCGGCGCCCGGCGACGACGAGGAGGAGGAUGACGGGUACAAGAGCUCCGACGAGGCGACGCCGCGCGACGGCCGCGCGGGCGGGGCCCUCGAUGCCAGUCUUAGCAGCAGUAGCGGCGUCCCCAGCGCCUUCGCUGAGCCCCAGUGGAGAGGCGCGCCGGGCGUCAACGACGACGACGACGACGCUGACGGCGGUAGCGAGGCGGGGCCGCGGCGGAGUGGGCACAGUACCGGCUUAGACGCACAAAACCGGUGGCCGGGCGGCAUGCUGGCGCCGCGCCUCCUGGGCGACGACGAUGACGACUACGACUACGACUACGGCUACGGUAGCACGGAGGCGACGACGCAGGGAAGGCUGAAGGCGGGGCGAACCGAUAUCGACAGCGCCACGACGACGACAACGGCGGCGGCGGUGACAGCAUUCGCCCUUGAGGGAACGAUGUUGGCGAGCGACACUCGGAGGCAGGCGGAGGGGGAGCCGGCAGGCAGCAGCAGCACGAAGGCGUCCUCGUCGUCGCGGGAGGAGCUGGCGGGCGGCGGCGGCCUUUGCGCUGACCUUCACCCGCUCCCCAAGUACAACAGCGACGGCUUCGCUGAGCCCGCGGAGCAGCCGCAGCCGCAGCCGCAACUGAAGAAAAUUAAAAAGAAAUGGGCUCGCCUGUUCCACCCGGAGGAGGCUGAGAAGAAAGCGGGCGGGAGCGGGGAGGUGCGUCGCCGGCGCGUCGUGAACGCUCCCCCGACGACGGCGUCGGGCGUUUUGGGCGCCGGUGGGAGCGGGGCGACGACGGUGCGGGUCGAUAACGCCCUGGAGCCCGCCGCCGAGCCCGCGGGCUCCGUCGGCGGCCACCACCUGGCCAUCGUGGAGGACGGGGUGUUUAUGAAGGAGUCCUGCUCGCCGCGGGAGGAGCGCUUCUAUGAGAUGUUGAGGCCCGUGCAGGAGUACGUCGGGCGCCAUCGAGAACUGCUGGACGCGUACUACUCCCUUUCCUCCUCCUCAGCCUCUUCCUCCGCCUCCUCCUCCGCCUCCUCCGCUGCUUCUUCCGUCUCCGCCCCGAGCGGCGCGGGGGAGCGGCGCGGGAACGGCAGGGAAGACGAGGGCGGCCAACGCCUGGGGCGGGAGCCGGCUGUGCCGGCGCACUGGGAGUGGUGGUGGCGCCGCCGCCGCCGCUCCGACACCGCGGCGCUCGGAGGACGCGGCACCGGGGAUAGGAGCCUGCGUGACACGAGCACGGCGCUGGCGGCGGUCAGCGCGGGACGGCACUGGGAUGUGCUCAUCCCGCUCGUCCCAUUUACUCCGCGGUACAUCGGUCUUCGCUGCGUGCGGCUUGGGGGCGGCGGGUCUAGCAGCAAAAACGGUCUGCGGCCCUCCUCCGCUGCCAACGAGCGGGAUGAGGCGCGGGUGCAGGGAGCCUCCGGCAGGCGCGCCACCGGUCCGGCCGGGGCAGCGGCGACGGCAAACGAAAGCGGGGGGGAGUUGCGGCAGAUGAUAGUGCUGGAGAACUUGUGCUACGGCUUCAUCCACCCCUGCAUCCUCGACAUCAAGAUGGGGAGCCGCCAGUAUGGGAUGAACCCGUCCGAGGCAAAGCUGCGCAGCAAGGAGCGCAAGGCGGCACUGUCGACCUCGAUGCAGCACGGGGUGCGGCUGGCGGGGAUGAAGCGGUGGUGCCCCGACACGCAGCAGUACGAGACGCGGUCGAAGGUGGCGGGGCGGCACCUCUCGCUCGAGGAGCUGCGGGAGACGAUCGCGCGCUUCAUGCAGUGUAGCAGGCGCCUCCGGCACAAGUUCCGCAGGCAGGUGCGGCGGCUGCGAUCGGCCUUCCUGCGGCAGGCCGUCUUUCGCUUCUUCACCUCCUCGCUGCUCUUUGUGUACGACGCCGACCGCCCGCUGCUCUCCUCGCGGAUCGUGAUGGUCGACUUCGCCUUCACCUACGAGCGGGAGGAGCUGCAGCGCGGCGGCGACCCCGAGGCGGCGUACGAGCGGGACGUGGGGUACAUCAAGGCGCUCGACACGCUGCUCGCCAUCCUCGCCUGA